AUGGCUACAUGCACUGGCCCAGAUUCGCAAGAGACGCUUGACGUAUCCGGAGCUGCCGAGGCGACAUGGAGUUCGACACCCCAUGCGUCUCCGUCGCUGUCUUCCACGGACUCUCUACCCUCGCCUGCAUCGUCGACAGACUCCGUUCCCAAUCCCGACCUGACUAUUCUGGAGAGAAAUAUUGACGAUCCACGAACGCUGCGCGUCAUUGUCAUUGGUGGUGGCAUUACGGGUGUCACUGCCGGCAUCCUGCUACCAGCCAAGGUGCCAAAUAUCGAGCUCACAAUAUACGAGAAAAACAGGGACUUUGGCGGCACCUGGCUUGAAAACACAUAUCCCGGCGUCCGCUGUGAUGUCCCGUCUCACGUCUACCAGUCAACCUUUGCGCCCAAUGUUGAGUGGUCCGACAAGUUCUCGUCAGGCGCUGAGAUCCGAGACUACUGGCAGAGCACGGCACGCAAGUACGACGUCUACAAGUAUGCUGUCUUUGGCCGCCGCGUCGAGGACCUUUCUUGGAACCCGGUCGAGGCCGUUUGGAACGUUACCGUCCGCAACAUCGACACCGGCGAUGUCGAGACGGCGACGGCAGACUUUGUGGUCACGGCCACGGGUCGUUUCAAUGCAUGGAGGCUGCCCGAGUUCGCUGGCCGAUCCGACUACCGUGGCGUCCUCCGGCAUGCCUCCAACUGGGACGGUGACUUUGACCUUGCGGGCAAGCGCGUCGCCGUCAUAGGAAAUGGUGCCAGCGGCAUCCAGCUCGUGGCCAACAUCCAAAAGACCGUCGGUCACCUGGACCAUUAUGCCCGCAACAAGACGUGGAUCGCAACCUCGCUGACGGGCGAAGAUCGCACCGUUGAGCCACAGCCCAUCCCGGAAGCACUCAAGGAGACCUUUCGGGCGGAUCCGCAGGCCUAUCUUAAGUUCCGCAAGGAGAUUGAGGACCGGAACUGGCGCCGCUUCAAGACCUUCUUUCGCGACUCGGAUGAGAACAAGAAGAUGAAGGAGGCCUUUGUCGACAUUAUGAAGCGCCGGCUUGCAAAGAAACCCGAGCUCAUCGAUGAGCUUAUACCCGACUUCUCGCCCAACUGCCGCCGCCUGACGCCGGGGCCAGGAUAUCUGGAGGCACUGACCGAGGACAACGUCGAGUACAUCCGGACGCCCAUUCGCCGUCUGACCGAGACCGGUAUCGAGACCGAGGACGGCCGCCACCGCGAGGUCGACGCCAUAUUCUGCGCCACCGGAGCAAACGUCGACAUGAUACCCUCCUAUUCCAUCCGCGCUGGCGGCCGCAACCUGCGUGAGGACUGGGCACCAGGCGGAAAGCCGGGCUUUCCCAAGACCUAUCUCGGCAAUGCAGCCCCCGGCUUUCCCAACCUGCUCUUCGUCCAUGGGCCCAACAGCUCCGGACCCUCGGGAUCGCUUCCGCACAGCGUCGAGAGCCAGGUGACUUUUGUGGCCAAGGUGUUGCGCAAGGUCUCACACGAGGGCAUCAAGACCAUCGUUCCAUCAGACAAGGCCGCCGACGACUUCACCGCCUUUAUCGACAGCUUUUUCAAAAAGACUGUCCUCACUGAGGCCUGCAGCUCCUGGUACAACGGCGGCCGUGUCGGGAACCGCAUCGUUGCUCUCUGGCCUGGCAGCUCCAGCCAUGCUGCCCUGGUCCGGCAAAACCCGCGAUGGGAGGACUGGGAGUACGAAUAUCUGUCCGGCUCGGGAAACCGCUUCCUCUGGUACUUUGGCAACGGCAUCACCAAGCGCGAGACAGAUCCCAACGCCGACAUGACGUCCUACCUGCAAGUGGCCGACGAUGUCGAUCUUCGUGCGGUACACGAGCUGUGGUGGGUUUAG